AUGAGCGACGACGUGUGGGCUGGCUGGCUGACCAAGGCUGAGCGGCUCUUCGUCGCAGUCCUGCAGGCAAGCUCUCUCUUGCAGGGGAGAGAGAACACUUUGCUGAGCCAGAUGCGGCCGGUGAUCGAGUCUCUUUGCGGCCUGCCGUGCGACGUGGCGACGAUGCGCAUCCUCGCGAGCCUACGCGGCGACGUCAUCGCGCUGGAGGACGAGAACGACAAUCCAGACCCGCGUGUGGUGUGCCAGAUCGGUCCGAAUGUCCGCGCCGCGGUGUCAUCGUGUGGCGCGGCCGACAACAAGCGGCGGCGCACGAGUUUUGGACGCGGCGGGUCAGCCGUGAAGAUCCCACCCAAGGUCAUGGAAAAGCACGCGCGCUCAUUUCGCGAGGCGGCGAAUGCAUUCGCCGCCGCGACCAAACCCAGGGCUCCGCCAGAGCUUUGCACCUCAGCGGCGCCGGUCGCCCUGCCGGAGCCUGCCGACCCGUCUGCGGCGAGUGCGCCGCUCCCGCCGCUCACCACCGACAUCCUGGCCCCGAGCGCCGCCACCUUUUGCGACUGGAUCCGCUCCCAGCCAGAGUACAGCGGUCAGCUGAUGUGCUGCGACCGGCGGGCUGCGCGCAGCGCGAGGCUGGUGCCGCUCGAGAGCUCGCCGCUGUCGGAGUCGCUCCGCGGCGCCGUCUCCGCGCGCGGAAUCGCGCAGCUCUACAGCCACCAAGACGCCGCCCUGCGCGCGCUGUCGGCGGGAGAGCAUGCGACCGGGAGCGGAAAGUCGCUCGUCUACGCCGCGCCGACCGUGCAGGCGGUGCUCGACGACGCGCGCGCCCGCGCGCUGCUCCUCUUCCCGACAAAGGCGCUCGCUCAGGACCAGCUGCGCUCCCUCGAGGCGCUGGCCGAGGCGGCGGGCUGCAGCCACUUCCUCGCCGCCUCGUACGACGGCGACACGGCCCAGGUCGACCGGCCGCAGCUGCGGCAGCGCGCGCACGCCUUCUUGACGAACCCGGACAUGCUGCACGCCUCCGUCCUGCCGCAGCACGCAGAGUGGGCGAGCGUGCUGCGCCAGCUGAAGCUGGUCGUCGUGGACGAGGCGCACGCGUACCACGGCGUCUUCGGCUCACACGUCGGCCUCGUGCUGCGGCGGUUGCGGCGGAUCUGCGCCAAGUACGGCUCGCGCCCUCGCUUCGUCUGCUGCUCGGCGACCAUCGCCAACCCUUUGCAGCACGCCGCCCGGCUGCUCGGACUCGCGGAGGAGGGGCUCGCUCUGGUCGGGGCAGAGCAGGACGGCGGGCCGGCAGGAGAGCGCACCCUCGCCGUCUGGCUGCCAAAGGAGCUGCCGCCGUCGGCGGCGAUGGAGUGGCACGAGCGCAUGGCGCCGGGCGGCGCGAAGAGGCGCGUCUCGUGCCUCUCUGACGCGGCUCGCUUGCUCGCCCACCUUGUCCGGCACGGCGUCCGCACGAUCGCCUUUGUGCUCACCCGCUCGGUCGCAGAGCUGCUCGUGACGGCCACUCGAGAGCUGGUCGGCGAGCCGCUCCGCGACAAGAAGAGGCUGUUUGGAGGCGAGCUGCACGCCGUCGUCUCCACCUCGGCGCUCGAGCUCGGCGUCGACGUCGGCAGCAUCGACGCGACGCUGCACGUCGGCCUCCCCGCGACGAUGGCGUCGCUCUGGCAGCAGGCGGGGCGGGCGGGCCGCACCGGCCGCCCCUCCCUCACGCUCGUGCUCGCGCAGGACAGCCCGCUCGAGCUGUACUUCGCCUCGCACCCCGCCGCCCUCCUCGCGCGCCCCAUCGAGGCGGCCGCGGCCAACCCUCUCAACGCCGAGCUUCUCCAGCUCCACCUCCUCGCCGCCGCGCAAGAGCAGCCGCUCCGCCUGCCGCCGCCGCCGGGAGACGCCGAGACGGAGCCGGAGCUCUGCACGUGGGGGGAGUGGAAGGAGCCCGCGACGGCUGCGAUCAAGGCGCGCGAGCUGAAAAUGGUGGGCAGCAGGCACAACCCGCGGCUCGAGUGCUCUGAGCUGGGUGCGGCGGCUGUGCGGCGCAUCUCGCUGCGCGAGAUCUGUCGGGAGAAGGUUCGUGUGGUGGACGUGACCGAGGGGGCGAUGUCUGUCGAGCUCGAGACGAUGGAGGCGGCCGCGGCGCAGCUCCGCCUCUACUCGGGCGCCGUCUUUCUCCACUGCGGCGCCUCGUACCUCGUGUCGGACUGCGACCUCGACGCCGGACUCGUCCGCGUCAGGCGCGAGGACACAAGCUACUACACCGAGCCCCGCGACCACACUCGCGUCGCAAUCAUGGGCAUCACGCGCACGCUGCAGCCAGCCGGCCGCACCAGCCAGCCCGCCGCCGCCGAACCCGCCCCCGCCGUCGUCCCCGCCUCCGAGCCCGUCGCCGCCCCACCCUCCACCGCCCUCGCCACCGCUGCCCUCGCCACCGCCGCCCUCGCCACACCCACCCCGCCCGCCGCCUCCGUCUCCCCCGCCGCCCUCGCCGCCCCCACCCAGCCCGCCGCCCCCGCCGCCCCCGCCGCCCCAGCCACCACCACCGUCCCCGCCUCCGCCGUCCACUUCGGCCCGAUGCGAGUGAGCAAGUCCGUGUACGGCUACCGCCAGAAAGCAAAGCUGACUGGCAAGCUGCUGGACAAAUGCGAGCUCGACCAGCCAAUGAAGCCGCACUCCUUCGACACGUGCGGCCUCUGGCUCGACCCGCCGAGCGCGCUGCGGGACGCCCUCGAGGAGCGCGGGGACGCGUUUGCGCGCGGCGGCCUGCACGCGGCAGAGCACCUCCUGCUCUCGCUCGCCCCGCUCGCCGUCUCGUGCAGCGUCUUCGACCUCGGCUGCCAGUGCACGCGCCGGAAGGGCGACGAGCACGCCGAGCGGCUCCUCCUCUUUGAGCGCAUUUCUGGCGGCGCAGGCAGCGAAGCGCACAAACUCCGCCCACCCCGCCGCGGCUGCAUCGCCGCCGAGCUCGGCCCGAAGCUGGGCGACCUGCUGGCGGCCGCGCACCGCCGACUGCUGGCGUGCGACUGCGGCCGCCCGGGCGGUUGCCCGGGCUGCAUCCAGAUUGCGCGGUGUGGCGAAUAUAACGAGGGUCUGAGCCGGCAGGCUUGCGACAUCGUCCUGCGCUGGUCGCUCGGCAUGGAGUGGGAGAGCCACUUGCCGCCGUUGCCGGCGAAGCCGGACGCAAAGGGCGACGGCGAGACGCCAAUGCUCAAGGGAGACGCGAGCGAAACAGAGACGGCGGAGCGAUUGUGCCUCGUCUGUGGCGAGGGGUAG